AUGGGCCGAAAAGAAGCCCACAUCCGAUCCGAUCCGAUCCGACUGACACAACACCACCACCAGUCCACCACUCGCCGCCGAUGCAAAGCAGACGACGACGCCCCACCGCCGCACCAUCCCCCUAUCGCCAUGGCUUCCACCGCCACCGCUGCUGUUUCUCUCCGCCUCGCCUUCCCUCUCCUCUCCACACCGGCCUGCUCGGCGUCGUCCUCCAAUACCCUUCGCUUCCCUCUCCGCCGCCGCCGCGCCUCCCGCUCACUCGCCGUAGCGGCCUUCAAGAAGCUCUCCGAGGCGUCCCCCGUGGCCAUCCCUGAGGAGCCCACCCAGCCCCUGGUCGACGAGGACGCCCUGCCCCCUAAGCCCGGGGUCUACGGCGUCUACGACCCCGCCGGUGAGCUGCAGUUCGUCGGGAUUUCGCGCAACGUCAGAGCGAGCGUCGAGGGCCACCGCCGGAAGGUCCCCGCCAACCUCUGCGCCUCCGUCAAGGUUGCAGUAUCAGAUGAGGAGACACCAGAUCGAGCUGCCCUUAAUAAUGCCUGGAAAUCAUGGAUGCAAGAACAUAUAGAAGCCACUGGCAAGGCACCACCAGGGAAUGUAGCUGGAAACAACACCUGGGUUGGUGCCCCCCAGAGGCCUCCAGACUUGCGGUUGACGCCAGGACGCCAUGUCCAGCUGACUGUUCCACUAGAACAGUUGAUAGAUCGGUUGGUGAAGGAGAACAAAGUGGUAGCCUUCAUCAAAGGAUCAAGGAGUGCUCCCCAGUGCGGAUUCUCACAAAGGGUGGUGGGUAUCUUGGAAGCACAUGGAGCGGAUUUCGUAACUGUUGAUGUGCUUGAUGAGGAACACAACCAUGGGCUAAGAGAGACCCUGAAGACAUACAGCAACUGGCCAACGUUCCCUCAGAUUUUCAUUGGAGGGGAGCUUGUGGGAGGCUGCGAUAUUAUUUCAUCCAUGGCUGAAAAAGGGGAGCUUGCUGCCCUAUUUCAGAAAUAGUGCUUACGUUCUGGAUGAUUAAGUUGCUUUUCAUCCAUUUCUACUCUUUUACUGAAGAAGAACGUCAAGCUUGUUUUGUACCCCCUACUGUCUACAACUGCAAGCAUACUUGGGUGGUUCAGUGGUUGUAAGGAAAAAAAAAAUAUUUGGCCUAAGAAAACGGUCAUUUGGACUUUCAUGAGUGCUACUGAGGUGAGAUAUCUGGUUAUUCCUGAGAGAAGAUUCAGAGUUGGGUGUUUGUCUGUAUUUGUGUCAUUGCUUCAGAUCAUGUACAUGAAAAAGCUGUAGGCUUGUAUGUUCAUGCCAAACAGUAUGUUGUAUACACAAUGAUUGCUGGAGAGUAGGAUUGUAUGAUGUAACUGGGAAGGUGAACUUGUGGUUUUCAAGCAUGCUGGAGAACUGCAGUGCAAUAAAGUUGCCGAUCGAUGUCUA